UCCCCAGUCGUCUCUCUGCGCUUUUAUAAACGAAGGCUCACUCUCCAUCAAUGGGUUUUUUGGAGAGCCAUAUCAAGUGUCUCUCCCUGUUGCAGUAUCGUUUUUGUAUUCUGUUUCUCGCCUUUUGAAUUUUCAUCUUGACACUCUCUCUCUAUCGUUUAACGGCAAUGUCUGGACGUGGCGCCGGUGGUCGCGGUCGGGGUCGGGGUCGCGGUCGCGGCGGAGGCGAACGUGGCCGGGGACAGGACCCUGGUCGCGGUCAACCGUCUCCGUCUCUCUCUCGCGGUGGCGGCAGUGGUAGAGGAAGAGGUCGUGACGCUAGUGGAGGACGUGGACCCUCUGGUCCUCCUCCUUAUUCCUCUUACACUCCGCCUCCUCCUCAGGUGGCUCCUACUCAGCCACCUCCUUCUUCUGCCCCGUCGACGUCUACGGCUCCGGCAUAUGAUCCUUCGUCGAGUUCUGGUGCGGAAUCACUGAUGAGGGAGGUCUCGCAAAAGCUUACAUUGGAGCCUGAGGCUACGACGACGGCGCCCUCUCUUCCUCCGUCGUCGUCAAAGGCGAUUAGGUUCCCGCAAAGGCCUGGUGUAGGUCGGGCCGGUAGAAAAUGCAGGGUUAGAGCCAAUCAUUUCCUCGUUGAGGUUGCUGACAAAGAUCUUCAUCACUAUGAUGUUUCAAUAACUCCUGAGGUAGCCUCAAAGAAGUUGAACAGAAUUAUAGUGAAACAAUUCACUGAGUCGUACAAGCAGUCACACCUUGGUGGUCGGUGUCCAGCCUAUGAUGGUGGGAAGAGCUUGUACACAGCUGGUGCACUGCCUUUUAAGUCAAAGGAGUUUCUUGUUAGGUUAAUCGAUGAAGACCGAGGUGGUAGUUCAUCUAGUUCAGCAAGGAAGGAACGGCAAUUUAAGGUGGCAGUCAAAUUGGCAUCGAAACCUGAUCUUCAUUAUUUGCGGGAGUUCUUGCUUCGAAGGCAUUUCGAAGCUCCUCAAGAAACUAUUCAAGCGCUGGAUGUUGUUCUUAGGGCUAAACCAUCUGAGAAUUAUACUGUGGUGGGAAGGUCAUUUUUCCACCCACAUUUAGGUGGUAAAGGAGGGCUUGGUAAUGGAAUAGAGUACUGGAUGGGGUAUUAUCAGAGUCUUCGGCCCACUCAAAUGGGUUUAUCUCUUAAUAUUGAUUUGUCUGCUCGAUCAUUCUAUGAGCCACUUUUAGUUACGGACUUUGUUGCCAAACAUUUCAGGCAGAUAAGCCUGUCAAGGCCUCUGUCUGAUCAAGAUCGUGUUAAAGUGAAAAAGGCCUUGAAAGGGGUGAAGGUGCGACUUACCCACAUGGCGUAUGCAAAAACUUGUAACAUUGUUGGCAUAUCCAGAAUGCCAAUAAGCCAGUUAACGUUUACUCUUGACGACAAGAAAACAAAUGUGUCUGUGGUUCAGUAUUUCCGUGAAAAAUACAAUAUUGUGCUUAAAUAUGCAUCAUUGCCUGCCCUUCAAUCUGGAAGUGAAGCAAAACCUGUUUACAUGCCAAUGGAGCUGUGCCAAAUUGUUGAAGGACAGAGAUACACAAAAAAGCUAAAUGAUCAACAAGUAAAAGCUCUGUUGAAAGCAACCUGUAGACGUCCACGUGAUAGGGAGAGGGAUAUUAAAAGGAUGGUGAACAAUAAUAAUUUCAACGGAGAGGAGUGUGUAAAUGAUUUUGGAAUUCAAGUUGGACAAGAACUUGCAUUUGUUGAUGCGCGAGUUUUGCCCGCUCCAAUGCUUAAGUAUCACGAUACUGGACGAGAACGAAGUGUUAAUCCUGGGUAUGGGGCAUGGAACAUGAUCAACAAGAAAAUGGUCAAUGGCGGGAAAGUGGAUUUCUGGACUUGUGUGAACUUCUCCUCAGAAUAUAAAAAUAUAUCAGAGCACUUCUGUAUGGAACUGGUGAAAAUGUGUAAUAGCAAAGGAAUGGUAUUUUACCAUACUGCUUCAGUCCGUAUCCGUUCAGCUCGUCCUGAUAGAAUUGAGCAAACUCUCUUAGAUGUUCACAAGGAAUCUACAGGCCAGAAGAGGCCACUUCAGUUGUUGAUAAUUAUUUUACCUGAUCAGAGUGGCUCAUAUGGGAAAAUUAAACGAAUAUGUGAGACGGAGUUAGGUAUUGUUUCUCAAUGUUGUCAGCCCAAGCAAGCUUCUAAUUUUAGGCCUCAAUAUCUUGAAAAUCUUGCUCUGAAGAUCAAUGUGAAGGUUGGGGGACGUAACACCGUGCUGAAUGAUGCCAUUGAAAGAAAAAUUCCUCUUGUGACUGAUCUCCCUACAAUUAUAUUUGGUGCGGAUGUCACUCAUCCAAAGCCUGGGGAAGAUUCUAGUCCUUCAAUAGCUGCAGUGGUUGGUUCAAUGGAUUGGCCAGAGGUUACUAAGUAUCGAGGAAUAGUCUCUGCACAGGCUCAUCGGGAGGAAAUAAUCCAGGAUCUCUAUAAAAUAGUUCAGGAUCCUCAGAAGGGUGUUGUUCAUAGUGGAAUGAUUAGGGAAUUGCUUAUGGCUUUCUAUAAAUCAACUGGGCAAAAACCUUCCAGGAUUAUUUUCUACAGAGAUGGAGUUAGUGAAGGCCAAUUUAGUCAAGUUUUGCUCUAUGAAAUGGAUGCAAUUCGAAAGGCUUGUACAUCACUACAGGAGAAUUAUAUGCCACCAGUUACAUUUGUUGUGGUGCAGAAGAGGCAUCAUACUCGCUUAUUUCCUAUUGAGAAUGCCUUAACAGAUAAGAGUGGCAAUAUUCUAGCAGGUACUGUUGUUGAUACUACCAUUUGUCACCCUACAGAAUUUGAUUUUUAUCUUAAUAGUCAUGCUGGAAUCCAGGGAACAAGCAAGCCAACUCAUUAUCAUGUCUUGUAUGAUGAAAACAAGUUCACGGCAGACAACUUGCAAGUGCUCACAAACAAUUUAUGUUACACGUAUGCAAGGUGUACUCGGUCGGUUUCCAUAGUGCCUCCUGCAUAUUAUGCUCAUCUAGCAGCUUUUCGGGCACGCUAUUACAUAGAGGAUGAAACUUCUGACAGUGGCUCUACAGAUGUGAGACGAAGUGCAAGAGACAGAAACGUGGAGGUUCGGCCUCUCCCAAGCAUCAGAGAAAAUGUGAAGGAAGUCAUGUUUUACUGCUGAAUAGGCGUUUCUUUCUCUGUUUAUGUUUUUAUUUGGGUUUCUUUCACCAAUGCAUCGUUGGUUAAUGGGUGGUUAUUUAGGGUAUCUUGAACUUUUUGUUAAUAUUGCCUCGGUUAAUGUUGCCAAAAGCUUUUGAGCUUUUUGUUUAUCCCUGGAAGUCAGGGACUGACCUCUUGAUAAUUCUUUUUGGUUGAGGGCGUGUUCGGUUUUUGUAUACAUGUCACAGAUAGAGGUAUUCUAGGGCUGGAUACUUUUGAAUCAUAUCGCUCAGUUACCAAAGUGAAAUGUGGCUGUGUACAGAGUAAAACUAUUAUCAGAAAUAUGUUUAUAGAAAAAUAUGUCUUGAAGUAUGAUUUCUUCUUUUGGCCUUUGA